AUGGGUUGUUCACCAUCAAAAGGUAACCAUUUUGGGACUCUGGGUCCCAUGAGGCAGGGUAGGAUGCUUCCCCCUGCACCUCAAGGAAGCCCCAGAGAUUCCCAUUUUGAAGAUGGAGGGAAUCGUAAUUCAACAGGUUCAACGGAUGGGGACGCAAAGGAGAGGACGGCAGCCGGACAAACCCAGGUAAUUCAGAAAGAGGCUCAUUUGACACCACAGAAAAAGAGAUAUGUGACCGAUCUAGCCCCUGAAGCAGUAAGCAUGGAUAAACUGGGGAGUCAAGAAAUGGACAACAACACAGCUUCACAGAGAAAAGAAAAAAACAUUGACAUGCAGGAGGCGACAGAAAAGAAGCCUGGCAGAAAACAAAAGAAAAUGACCAGAGGUAUUAAGGGGCUUAAAAAGAAAGACAAGGACAAAGGCAAACCACCAGAACAAAAAGUGGACUUCCCUGAACCUUUGGUUAAAGCUCACCAAGCUGCUUAUGCCUUUUUGAAUCCUAGCAUAAACAAAUAUGACGUUUUACUGGGACUUUUGGAAGAAGCAACACAGACACAGGGUUCUGCUCAGACCAUGGUUGCUUUUAUGGCUCUACGCUAUGAGGAAAUGAUUCAGGGACUGGAAGAGAUGGCAGACGAGGGAGAAAAAGUUUUAAAAGAAAAUGGAGAACAUCUUGCUUGGCCAAGUCAAAUGAAAAACCUGUCAUCUUCUCCACCUUUGAAGUCUGGCUCUGCUAAUAUUGAGCCCCCACCGGAUUUGUUGCAGCAGCUGCUUCAGUACACCACACAGAGAAUGCGAAAUGUGAGCCAGACUGUUGCCGGAAUUGGGGAGUGUGCUUUGGAGGAGGCAGUGGAAUACUUUGCCUCUGUCUCAGAGCUUUUAGAGGAGAAACUGAAAGUCAAACGUGCAGUAGAGACUAGGCUAAUGCAACUCUUAUCUCGCAUUGAAAUGGCCUCUCUGCGCAAGCCCGGGCCAGAGGAUUCUGCUCUCUUUAGUGAGGAUAGUGGCAUUGGGGCUGAGAGCGAAUCCCUUGCUGGAUCUGAAAGACGCCAUAGACGAGAGAGCUGUGCGUCCACUGGGACAAAUAGAACAACACCUGUCAGUCCUAUGGGUUACACUUCCAUGAACAUUAGGCAAGGAGUAUCAAGGAAAAAGCUUGCAAGUCAAAUAAGUCCAAGUGUCUCCCUCACCUCACUUAACUCAUUAGGCUCCACAUGUACCAUAAUGGCCAAUUACCAAAGAGACUCAUUGCUAGGCUCAGUCUCCUUAGAUUACGGGGAAGAAGACGACGAUGAUGAGGAGGAGAUGAAUAGAGACAUGGGAGAUGUAGGGAUAAGAAAGGGAUCAAAUUCUUCAACUGUAUACCGGGAACAACAACAUCCUUGCCGCCUGCCCCCAAAGCGUAUAGAGAACCCCCAAAAUGUCGAAAUGACUCUCAAAAUGAAAAAUGCUAUAAGUGGUAGGAUACAGUUCGUUCCAUCACAGAAUGCUAGUGCCAAAACAAAGGGAGGGGGCAGCCCAAAAACCAGUAGACGCCAGUGGACGGAGGAGUUGGAACGUCCUCCAAGGAGGCCUCAAACAACGGCACCUAUUCGAAAGGCAGUGGUAAAAAAGACAGCAGUGGCUAGAGAGCGACGUUCCCAGUCAGCGGAAUCCUUGCGGAGCAAAGGUGAAGAUCCUACUCUGCUUGAACUAGAAAGGACCCAAAAUGAUUUAAACCAGAGGUUGCAAAGGAUGAGUAAAAGCAAGGCAGGUGGGAACACAAAGCCUGCUCCAUCGAAACAAAAUCAAGGAACCUCACCAGCACAGUCUCCAGCAAUUCAUCGCAAACAUCCCUCGCCACAGAAGAACUGCAAUCCCCAACCACUUGAUAACAAAGCAGGCCUUACAAGGAGCAACAGUAAAAAACAGGAGGUAGCCAGUGAUGUGGAAGAUGAUAAACCUAAGGAGAAGAAAACAUUCAAGGGUCCGGUAAAAGCCACCCCACCCCCUAGCCCUCCUUCAUCCCCACGGCCAUCUUCGGGCCUUUACAGAGGCAGGAACUCAGUCAGAAGACUGAUUGAUACCUUCAGUCAAGGAAUAGAGGAUCCAGAAGGUCCUAAAGUUCUGGGGCCCCUCAUAGGAGUACGGAAGUAUGGCGUUCCUGUCUUACCUGGUUUAGGGAAUAUGGAAGCCGUGCUUAGUAGUGGGAUAACCAGCUGUAGACCUGAAACCACUGAGAAAACAAACUAUUUAGAUCUGGAUAGUCUUCCUCCGCCUCCGCUGGAAGUAUUAAUGGACAAUUCCUUUGAAAGUGCCCAGAAUCUUUUAGCUGGUGUAGCAGAUGAAGGUGCAACAAAACCCGGAAAAUCGCCUUCAUUAAAAAGGGCCGCAGUAUCGCAACGACUGAGAGCCUCAGUUCAGUCAGUGACAGUGUUGCCAAGUAAAGGAGGCCUGCCACAGGCUUCCAAGGUUAUUUCCCUUCCGAGAGCGGAUCAACAACACACAUCUUCUCCGUCGAAGGUUAAUCGACCAGACGUCCAACUUGAGGCAGACUCGGGGAAGGAAAAGGAUUCCUUGUACCAGCAAGACAGAAAGAUCAUACACCUAAGACACUCUUCAGACUUACAGAGAUCGGCAAAAAGUUAUGUAUCAACAAAUCCAUCUGCAAGUCAAGAAGAAUCAACAGACAUUCAAGAUGGUGGCAACUUUUCAGUGCCUGGAUGUAACACUACAGUGUCUACAGUGCCUCCUGCUUCUAUGGUCAGGAGCCAAGCACCUGCCACCCCACCUGGGAAUAGGGGGCGAAUGUUACCCUCUACACCUUCUACACCAAGCAGUCUACAUCGAAGACUUCCCAGUCCCCAUAACUUCAAAAGGCAACCCACUCCACCCUCUUCAGCUAGCCCCUCUGUUAACAGGAAACUCCCCACACAACCAGCAGUUCAAGGGAGGCUCCCCAGCCCACCUGUCACAAAGCAGAAUAUUUCAAACUCGAACUCAUCCUUCUCCUACCCUUUCAAAGCACCGUCUCCACCAGCCUCGCCAAAAGUACAAAGAUGGUCAAGGGAGAACAUCACUGAAGACUCAUCCAGUGCUCGGAUGAUCAAUAAUGCACGUUCAGUCUUCUGCCCUGCAUCGCCAUCCAUGUUUGAGUCACAGCCUUGUCCAGUUCCCCGACCCCCUCAAGCAUGGACCUCUACUGGGGUCUCCUUUCUCUUACGUUCUUGGGGGAGUCGUGGGAGGUUUCCUGUGUCUGUUCAAGGACCUCGACCCUUCAUCCGACGUAGCCAUUCAGAUCGAAGGCCAAGUCUAAAUCUGCCACCAAGAUCACCCGGCGCAUCAGUGGCUGAGACUUGUGGGAGUGAGCCAGCAUUAUGCUCACAGGGGCUGGAUGAUGAACCGACCAGGGAAGAAGAAUUAUGGGGGAGCCAAUCAAACCUCCGAGCUCCUCUACGCUCUGCAUCACACCCGGACCUGUGUGUUGUAGGACAGUCCUUGCACAGAGACUAA